GCAGAACUUCCAUUUGAAGUGGAGAAACAAGAGUUUAGUGUUGACCCAGCAACAUGCCAUAAUCCAGAAAGUAGCAAACAACAGAACAUGAGCAGAGACUCUCCGUUCAAAAGAAAUGAACAGCAGCAUGGUGGAAAUGGAAAGCAAGCCCACUUCCAGUCACACACACACACACACACAACUUCCCUGAGUCACAAGUGGCACCAGACCUCAUCAAGUACCUCCUACGACGUGAGAUGGUGAGUUCCGGACUCCUGAAGUGGUCCUUCUGUAGCUCAGUUGGUAGAGCAUGGCGCUUGUAACGCCAGGGUAGUGGGUUCGAUUCCCGGGACCACCCAUACGUAGAAUGUAUGCACACAUGACUGUAAGUCGCUUUGGAUAAAAGCGUCUGCUAAAUGGCAUAUAUUAUUAUAUUAUUAUUAUUAAGUUUGAUGAUCGCCCUGAAAAUUAUUGGGCAUGGAAAGCAUCCUUUCUCAAUGCGACCAGAGACUUGAAUUUAUCAGCCAGGGAAGAGUUAGAUCUAAUUACCAAGUGGCUAGGGGCAGAGUCGUCUGAGCAAGCAAACAGAAUUAGAUCUGUCCAUAUUUUCAACGCAACAGCGGGGCUUAACAUGGUCUGGCAACGACUAGAAGAGUGCUAUGGUACACCCGAAGUGAUCGAGAAUGCACUGUUGAAGAAAAUUGAUGAUUUUCCAAAACUGGCUAACAAAGACAAUCACAAACUAAGAGAACUAGGUGACAUUCUUCUCGAACUGGAGUGUGCUAAAGUAGAAGGGUACCUUCCAGGCCUCGCUUAUCUGGACACAUCUCGGGGGGUAAACCCUAUUGUAGAGAAACUUCCAUUCAGUUUACAAGAAAAAUGGAUAGCACAGGGAUCCAAAUAUAAGGAGGACUAUCGGGUAGCAUUCCCACCAUUCUCGUUCUUCUCGAGAUUCAUCAGGAACCAGGCGAAAAUUAGAAAUGACCCCAGCUUCACCCUCUACACCUCAACUAACCAGGUGUCCAUGAAAAGUGAGAAACCUGCCAGGUACAGCGGCAAAACACCUGUGACUGUAUACAAGACAGAUGUGUCAUCUGAGGCCUCAGACCACCAUACCAAACCCAGUAAGACAAAGGUUGAAAACCCUGACCGUCACUGCCCAAUACAUAACAAGCCUCAUCCUCUUAAAAAGUGUUGUGGGUUUAGAUACAAAACUCUAGAUGAGCGCACAUCAUAUCUCAAAGACAAUGGCAUUUGUUUCCGAUGUUGUGGGUCAACUCAGCACAGAGCUAAAGACUGUAAGGUUUCAAUCAAGUGCUCUGAGUGCGACAGCGACAGGCAUCUUGCUGCUCUGCAUCCAGGCCCAGCCCCUACAAAUACAGACACCGCUACAGCAGAGACAGAGCAUGGCGGGGAGCAAGGUGACGAUGCUCUUCUAUCUGUCACCUCAAAGUGUACAGAGAUCUGUGGUGAGGCAGUCAAUCCAAGAUCAUGUUCAAAAAUAUUCCUAGUCAAAGCUUAUCCGGCUGGGAAAAGAGAGAAAGCUGUCAAAAUGUAUGUAGUGCUUGAUGAACAGAGUAACAAAUCUCUGGCCAAGACAGAGUUUUUCAGUCUCUUCAACAUCAAUGACAACUCUGCUCCAUACACCAUGAAGAUGUGUUCUGGGGUAACAGAGACUUCAGGCAGGAGAGCCGUCAACUUCAUGGUGGAGUCUAUAGAUGGACACAUGCAGCUCACUCUCCCUACUCUGAUAGGGUGUGAUAUGAUGCCAGACGAUAGGAUGGAGAUUCCCUCCCCCGACAUUGCGUAUCAUCAUCCCCAUCUGCAACCAGUUAUGGACAGAAUUCCAGCUGUGGACCCAGACGCUCCCAUCCUCCUGCUCUUAGGACGAGACAUCUUAAGGGUACACAAGGUACGAGAGCAAAUCAAUGGGCCCCACGACACUCCUUAUGCACAGCGAUUCGACCUCGGGUGGGUCAUUAUGGGUGAGGUCUGUCUGGGAACGGCUCACCGACCAGCCAAUGUUAACGUGUUCAGGACAAACAUACUUCAAAAUGGUCGCACAUCCUAUCUGAGCCCUUGCCCUGACAUCAUCCAGGUAAAAGAGAACUACAACAGCGUAGCUCAGAAACACAUCUCUCCCUCUACAGUGCACUCGAGAGAUCCAAGCACAACUGUGAACACAGACAGCCUGGGAUGUUCCGUGUUCGACAAAACACAAGACGAUGAUAAACCAGCACCAUCAGUGGAGGACAAAGACUUCUUGGACAUUAUGGACAAACUGGGUUUCCAGGAUGAUGGAAACAACUGGGUGGCUCCAUUACCCUUUCGCCCCACUAGACGUCGCCUUCCUAAUAACAGGGAGCAGGCCAUGAACCGUCUCACAUCACUUUGCAGGACUUUAGACAAAAAGCCUGACAUGAAGCGUCAUUUUAUUGACUUCAUGCAAAAGAUGCUGGAUAACGACCAAGCCGAACCUUCACAGCCACUAGAGGGAGACAAAGAACGUUGGUAUCUGCCCAUAUUUGGUGUUUUACCAUCCACAAAAGCCUGAACAAAUACGAGUAGUAUUUGACUCCAGUGCUAAGUGUCAAGGCGUGUCACUUAACGAUGUUCUGCUCAGUGGUCCAGACUUAAACAACACACUCUUGGGUGUCCUAAUGCGUUUCCGCAAGGAUUGCAUUGCACUAACAGCAGAUGUGCAACAAAUGUUUUACUGUUUUGGUGUACGUGAGGAUCACAGAGAUUACUUAAGGUUUCUCUGGUAUGAAGACAACAACCCAGAUAGAAACAUAACUGAGUACAGGAUGAAAGUCCAUGUAUUUGGGAACAGCCCUUCACCAGCCGUAGCCAUCUACUGCAUGAGACGAGCAGCGCUACAGGGUGAGAAGGAACACGGGUCAGAACCCAAGCAAUAUGUAGUGAGGAACUUCUACGUCGAUGAUGGUCUGACAUCAGUAGCUACUACAGAAGAAGCUGUCAAGAUUCUAAGAAAAACAGAGUCCAACAUGAAACUACACAAGAUUGCAUCCAAUAGCAAAACAGUUAUGGAAGCCUUCCCUAUGGAGGACCGUGCGAAAGACUUAAAAGAUCUGGACCUAGGAGUGGAUCCUCUCCCCUUUCAACGGAGUCUGGGACUUUCUUGGAACCUGGAAACAGACAGCUUCUCAUUCCAGGUGUCCCACAAUGAGAAGCCUUUUACGCGGAGAGGCAUCCUGUCCACAGUGAAUAGUCUUUAUGACCCCCUUGGGUUCGUGGCUCCAAUAACAAUGCAAGGUAAAGCCUUAAUCAGAGAACUCUCUUCUAAUCAGAGUGAGUGGGAUGCCCCUCUUCCCACAGAAAAAGAAGAGGAAUGGAAAAUGUGGAAGGAAUCUUUGAUGGAGUUGGAACAUAUGAAUAUACAGCGGACCUACAUCCCAGUCUCCUUGUCUACCGCUCAAAGAAGAGAGCUACACAUCUUCUCAGAUGCCUCUACAGUAGCCAUAGGAGCGGUAGCCUACCUGAGAGUUAUUGACUUGGAAGGUCAAUGCCAUGUUGGAUUUGUCAUGGGGAAAUCAAAAUUGGCCCCUCGUCCGGCCCACACUAUCCCACGCCUAGAACUGUGUGCGGCUUUGCUAGCUGUUGAGAUGUAUGAACUGAUCAAAGACGAAAUUGACAUUGAUAUACAUGCAGCCAAGUUCUACACAGACAGUAAGAGUUCUCGGUUACAUCCACAAUGUCACCAAAAGAUUCUAUGUUUAUGUUGCCAAUAGGAUAACUCGCAUCAGGAAGUCUACCCAUCCAGAUCAGUGGUGCUAUAUAAACACUGACAGCAAUCCAGCAGACCAUGCAACCAGGCCCAUACUUGCUGCGCUCUUAAAACACACUAGUUGGUUCUCAGGUCCACCGUUCCUGACCCAAACAUACUUGAGUAAGCCUGAGAACAUCAAUUUUGACCUUGUAGAGCCUCACACAGAUGCAGAGAUUCGACCAGACGUCACUGUCUUUGCCUCUAAAGUUUCUGGAGCUCAACUCAGCUCUCAUCGCUUUGAGAGGUUCUCAAGCUGCAAAACUCUCAAUCGAGCCACAGCACGACUCAUUCAUGUUGCAAGAUCCUUCCAUGAAGGUGCAGACAACACCAGCUGCAGAGUCUGGCAUGACUGUAAUAAACCAUGCGGUACAAGUGAGUUGUCACAAGCCAAAACAGCAAUCAUUCACUGUGUGCAACAUGAAGCCUUCAGAGAGGAAUUCAAAUGCAUUGAAAAAGGAAAACAGUGGAAGCAAGUCCAGUGUCUCGCUGACACCUUUUGGAAAAGGUGGAGACAGGAGUACCUGACAACGCUGCAGAGACGCAGAAAAUGGACAGCAGAAAAGCCAAAUGUAAAAGUGGGAGAUGUUGUCUUAUUGAAAGACAGUCAGGCACACAGAAAUGACUGGCCAGUCGGGCUUGUGGUAAAAACCUUUCCCAGUACUGACAAAAAGGUUAGGAAAGUAGAACUAAAAAUUGUCAAGCAAGGAGCUGCUAAGGUGUUUCUGAGACCAAUCUCAGAGAUUGUUGUUCUUCUUUCUGAAGCAUCCAAGAGACAAAAGAUAAAAAUAUAAAGGACAUUAUUUGUUUCUUGAUACGUUUUAUUUCAUAGUGGCACAAUUUUAUUAUACCAGGCGGGGAGUGUGCUGCCAUCCUGUUAGAAGGUAACAGAUUAUUUUAUUUACAAUGGUUAAAUUGGAUUUUCAUUGUGUUCAAUGGUGUUAUUUGCCCCCUAGUGGCGCUUUCUGGUACUUAGAAAGACAACGCAAACGGGAAGUUCAGAAUUUGUUUUGCACGCAUAGAAGCAACUACAAACAACGCUACGGUGCAGGUCUUUCAAUGUAGUUAUUUCUUGUCACGCUUCAGCCUUGGAAAAAUAUUUGUUUAAAACAAGAUGGAUCGUAGUGAUGAGAGAAUCAGAAGAGCUUUAAGGCGCCGCCCUUAUGUGUUGAAUCCAGUGAGGGUGAACUCCCCUGAUUCUGUGAUGUGGCCAACCGGUAAGGUGCACAGAAGACCAAGGCCUUCUACUUCAGCGCAGACCCCUCAGAUCCACAAAAGGCCUCCAAUCAUUGAGAACUGUGGGCAGGAACAGACAUCUGGGGAUGGACGGGACAUGAAUUCAGAGCCUCUCAGCCAGUCUGGAAGGGUGACUCGGCUGAUGGAGAGAAAUUAUGAUGGGGUGAUCUCAUCCUCCAACUCUGAUGACAUCUCUAUCUACUCCUUCACUGACUGUGAAUCUGAGUCUGAUGAGGAUCAUGAAAGGAGGACACCACCGCUGAUAGUGAAGGAUAAGGAGGAUGGAAAGGUGACAAAGUUUGAAGUGAGGGAAAUGGUAGAGGACGACAAUCUGUCUCUCCACUCCUUGGAUGAUUCAGACUUUCUGUGUGAUAAUGGCAAUGAUGCCUCUGCUGAGGACAGUCCAGGGUCUUCAAAGGAACCACAGAGAAAAGGGGCUUCACUGAAGGACCCUCGACUGAUUAUUGUGGCCAAGCCCAACAUCCUUCUCCCUGCCUCUGUGAGUGCCCUGAAGAAGGCAUCGCGGCUGAUGGAGUUGGUCCCUACUGUCCAGCCCUGCAGGGAGCAGCUGGACAAGAAGACACAGUGGACCAACACCAACGAGGAGAGCCUGAGGAGGAUUAAAAAAAAACUGGCCUCCAUAGAGCUCGACCUGGAGGAAGGCCUGAACAAGGUCAACGACGGUCAGGACAUCAACCACGAGAGGCAGAAGAACGAGGGAUGCUUCAGAGCCUGGAUUGAGAAGUGGAUGGGGAGGAGGAAGGAGGAAAGACUGAGGGAUGAAGAUGUGAAUAGGCAAGACAAAGGGAGGAUGGGCGAGGAAGUGAGGGCACUGAUCCAAGUGAUGAAGAGAAACUGCAGUGAAAGUGAUCUUGAGGCAGUAAACCUGGACAGUUGGCUGAAUGACUUGGAAAGGUUGAAAGUGGCCUUCAAGAAAUGCACUGGAGAGAUGGCCGAAAUGGUAGAGAGCAUGGCAGAAAUGCAGACCAGAAUAGCUGAGAGCAGGCUCCUCAAGCCUGAAAAAAAUAACUAUGUCCAGAGCUUUAGCCCAGGGAAAGUCUCUGGUCCUGUGUCUGGCCUCUCUCCUCUUGUGACCUCAGCACCCCGGACCCUGGCUGAAGCCCUACAAGCCCUGCCCUCUGCUGUGGCCCGUCCCUCCCAAAAGGAUGUCCCAAAGCCUCCGACACCUCCAAGCCCUGUCUCUGUCAUUGUUGCUUCGCCUGCUGUGGAGUACUUACCAUACCACCGCAGCCCUCGCCUGGCCCCAAUCACCAACCUGAGUGAGAACGGCAGGAAGCUGCUCCAGAAAAUGUCAGGAGUGACGCCACAGGAAAGGAAGGUCAAAAGGAAAAAGACCAAGGGAAAAAAGCAAGUGAAGAAAGAGAAGGCCAGUAAGAUGCAGCAGGUGGAAAAUGUUGGAGAACGUAAGGAGGACAAGAAAGAGGAAAAGAAGAGUCUGAGGAAGAGGUUUCUCCAGUGGCUGCUGCCCAAACUGAGAUGUUCGAAGAAAUAAUGGCCAACUACUACUACAACACACACACACAUACUAUUGAUAUUGGUCUCAUUGUUAUAUUUUGAGACAUGCACCAUUCUUUAAAAAAUUAAAAAGACCCAAUAAUUAUAUUGGUUCCCAUACAGCCUA